AUGUCAUUCAAUGAGAAGACAAUCGCAAUCACUGGAACAGAAGCCCUGAAAGCCGUUGCCGAGGAGCUGAAGACAGCCAACCCUGAUAUACGCGUUGAGGCAACAGUAGUGGACGUCAGUAAGCCCGAAGAGGUCAGGGACUGGAUCCAAGGCACCAAGAAGACGUUCGGGCGCCUAGAUGGUGCCGCCAACAUUGCCGGCACUGGAGCGUCGAGCCAGGUCCCACUUGAAGCCCAGUCCGACCAAGAAUGA